GUCCGUUACAUAGAAUGCUCUACUCCACUACUACUAUUUGCUACUCUACGUCCGUAUUCCGGAUAUCUUCUACUAGUAAUAUGCCAUGAUGCUUAUUAACCGUGGCCUUUGUGGUUUCACCCAUCAUUUAAGGACAAGAGUACCAGUACACGUAAUCUGUAAGAGUGUUGUUAAUAAAGUAAGCCCACCAGUUUGUGAGAAAUGGAGUGGAGAAAUAGGAGUGCGAUUACACCCCAGUCCGAGGUAUUACCAUGGACUUCCUACGGAUGUUUUACCUACAGCAUGCAGUUCACUGUGUCGCAGGCCAUCUCUUGGAAUAUCCGUGAAUUUCAGAAGUAGUACUUCACGAGAUUUCAACACUUGCUCAGUAUCAUUUAAAAAAUUCAAUCAUGAAAGGUCUGGCAAUCAGGAAAACGAAAGAAAAAUUCUUAGGAAGGAUGAAGAAUGGUCUCCACUUAUACUGUUAAUAGAGAAUAAAGAAUCAGGAAAAAUCAUUAACUCUGAAUGGGAAUAUCGCACCCAAUGACCUCCAUUCAAAAUUACAAAAUAUUAAUAAAUGGAUAACAAAAGGCUUCCAAGUAAGAGUAACUAUAGCUGCAAAGGGGGCAUCCACUGAAAGUUUGGAAGGAGUUUUUAGUGAGAUUCAGAAGGCAGCGGAGAACGUGAGAGGACGUAUUUUACAGCGUCGUGAGAAGUUUGGAGACAUAAAAUUUUAUAUUGCACCUCCAAAAGAAAAGAAGGUUCAAAAGCAACCAGAUGAAGGUUUGAAUAAUUCACCAGUACAUGAAGAUGCUGCAGAAAAAUGACAUUUUGGACAUUUUGGGUAAAGAGUAAUAGAGGGGAUUUUACAGGCUGAGUAAUGUUACAGAGUUAUUAUUUUGUAAAAAAGUUAUUUUCUUUAGGUUCUGUCUGUGAGGAAAUUAAUAUGUUUAAAAUUUUAGACAAGGCUUUCUUGUAUCUGGGUUUCCUUAUCAUGGAAUAUCCAUUUCAUAUGAGGUAAGGUGUGAAUAUUCCUUCUUUAUGUUAUUAUUGUUGUAGAACUACAAACCAGUAUGAUAAAUAUUGACCAGUUUUUUAAUAUACUCUUAUUAUAUUUUUACAGUAUUCCAAGUCAAGUAAUCCUGGCUCUGAGUCGGGAACACGUCAUUCAUAAAGUUUUUCUUCAUGUACUAUACAGUAAUUGCAGUUCUGUUGAUGCCAUGAAUUGCUGGUCUUUGAAAUAUUAGUAAAUUUUAUAAGAUUGAAAUCCUACAGAAGUGUAAUAAGGGUCGAUUCAGAGUUUGCUUAGCUCAUUAGGUGGACUUAAAUGUGUAAAUAAUUUUUGUAAUUUGCAGUUCCCUGAUACUUAUUGCUCAUUUGAUUUUAUGCAAUAAAAAUAAGAAUCUAAUUUAGAGGAAGUUCUGUAUUUAAAUUUGAAUAUGUAAUGUUAGUUGUGAGUGAAAUAGAAAGUUGUCUGUACUUUUCACCUUUUGUGAGAAUACUAUGGUCAUUAUCAGUUAUAGUUUCACCACCAUGAAGAGCCCUCUCUGGUGUGGCAUUUAAAGAUCUAGCCUGUUGCCAAUUUUUCAAAACAACAACUUUACACGUGUGUGACAGACCUUUGAAUGUCUUUGAGACGAAACCUGAGGCUAUAAUCAUAAGAAUAUAGGGAUUGUUUUUCAUUUCCAAGAAUUUUAAUCUCCUUCCUAUUCCACCCUGCUUAGGAUUUGUCUUCAGUCCAUUUCUUCUCCACAACCUAUGAACGAUAACAUAUUUUUCAUAUUUUUUACAAAGAUUUACCAUUCUAUGUAUAGCCCAAUCAUUACAAAAACAAGUUUUCCUUUAAAAUGUUGAUUAAUGAGGACAUGAGAGAUGUCUUGAUUACUUUGUAAAAUAGUGAUGUGGGAUGUGAUGUUUUUGUUCUUCCUACAAAGAGAGAGAGAGAGAGAGAGAAGAGAGACAUCUGUUUGUAUACGAUUGUUUAUUUUCUCUCGCCCAACUUGCUCUAUCUUAUUCUUUAUUUCAUAUUUCCUUGCUUACCAAUUUAUUCUUUACCUAUGAUAUAAAGAAAUCAAGAUAUUUGUAGAAAGGGGAAAUGCCUGGAGACGUACCAUGACCACCGAAAGUGACCCUGGAGACAGCCUUAAGGUGUGUAUCAGUGGAUUCAAUGCACGUGGAGCUGUUUGAAAUACUAUUGGCAACAGCACCAAAAUGAGAUGCCAUGUUAAUAGAAAAUCUAAUUUUGUGUAAACUUUAUCAAUCAUGCACUUAUGUAAUUGACAUAGAAUUCUGCGUAACAAAAAAUAUAUUUGAUAUCUGUAAUGUUAUCAUAGAUUUGGCAGAUAUGCAGAGAUUAAACACAUGUGGAGAGGACCCAAACAGCCCCACUGUAGAGCUCAUUUCAUUCUGGUUUGACUAUAAGAGAGGUUGUCUGUCCUUUCAGAGAAUCCAUAUUUAAGAGUGUGUGAACUUAGUGCAAAUGAUGAUGCAUAAGGUGAUCCUCAGAAUAGUGUAUGUUGAGUUACUGUUUCCAAAAAAUUUGUUUGACUUUUUCCUGGUUCAUCACUCUUGAACAUUUUCAGCACUUAGUACAGCAUCAACAUAAAAUGAAGAAUGAUAGGUAAUGUGACAGUAUUGUUGAAUAUUAGGGCUGCUUCCUCAGUCAUACUAUGUUCUCAAGGCCUUUGGUGCCAACACUGUAAAUGAAGUAGGAGUUGGCAAGGUCCUCGUAUAUGAAUGCCUUUCAAAAAGACAUAUGACUAUAACCAGCCAGUAAAUAACCUGCUUUGAAAAUCUGCUCAUAAUAAUAUUGUAAAUACAGGCAGUCCCCGGGUUACGACAGGGAUUCCGUUCUUCAGACGCGUCAUAAGCCAAAAAUCGUCGUAAGCCGAAACAUCGUCAAAAAUCCUAAGAAAACCGUACUUUUAGUCCUUUUUGGUGCAUUCAAAACUAUGUAAACUGUAUUCUUAUUGCAUUUUUCAUCAAAAAAAAAACUUCAAAUAUUGAUUAUUUUGCAUUUUUGGUGUCAUAUUUCUUGUGCCAGAUCAGCGUUGUAGGCGGCAUAACCCUGGAACAUGUGUUGUAAAUAUAAUUAAAAAGCGUUGUAACCUCGGAACGUCGUAGGCCGAACCCGUCAUAAGCCGGGGACUGCUUGUACUUUGUUAAAAAAUUCCCUGAAUGCCCGAGCACAUUGACGAGGCCGUGAUGACUCUGAGGAAUCCAUUACGAAACAGAAACACUCACAAAACAAACAAACUGAAAAAGAAAGGAAAUAGGCACAAAUCAACCAGCUUGGAAGGAGAGCAAAAGUGAUAGAGUGUACUCUCCAAGGAAGUUAAAGAAAAGACUAAACGCUUCAUGAAAUGCGAUGUGUGUUCUCUGACCAGCUCUCACCUCGUACGCGCAGGAGUUGCCAGAUCUCACAGAUUUCUUGCUCUACAAUCUUUGAUUGUUUUUAAGCAGUUACCAACUGGCACUUGGUGAUUAUCCUAUUGUUAAGACCAAAGGUUUGUUAGCUAUGAAAAGUGCAAAUUGAUUAAAAAUUUGUCAUUUUGCAUCUUGACAUCUCAUAGGUAUA